AUGAAUACAACAAGGAAAGAUUGGAGUACACGCCUUGAUGAUGCUUUGUGGACAUACCGCACUGCAUACAAAACUCCAAUUGGAAUGUCUCCAUACCGUAUUGUUUUUGGAAAGCCGUGUCGAUUACCCGUUGAGUUGGAACAUAGGGCCUAUUGGGCGAUCAAGCAGUUCAACAUGGAUUUAAGUGAAUCGGGAAAGAAGAGGGAGCUGGACAUACAAGAACUUGAGGAAAUCCGCAAUGAAGCAUAUGAGAAUGAGGUUCUUUAUAAGGAAAAGGCCAAAGCAUUCCAUGACAAGAUGAUUACACGCAAGGUAUUUCACAGAGAUCAAAAGGUACUACUUUACCAUUCGCGUUUAAAAUUGAUUCCUGGUAAAUUAAGGUCCCAUUGGGUGGGACCAUUUGUUGUCACUAAUGUUUUUGAGCAUGGUGCAAUAGAAAUCACAAGUGAGAAAACCAUGAAGAUUUUUAAGGUAAAUGGUCACCGUUUGAAACCUUAUUAUGAAGGAUUUCAAGUCAAGAAUGAAGAGGUGGAGGAAGUAAUGGAUCCAAAGUAUCAAGAUUGA